AUGCAGGUAGAUAUCACUUCAUCUGAAGCAUUGAGCAGUGCAUUUGAGACUGUGAAAGGAGAUAUCGUUGUCCACAAUGCUGGCGUCCCAAAUUUGGCCGAACGGUUCAGGCGCCGACUUGAGCAGGAGGCUUCUGCGGAAGCACUCGUUCUAAAGGCCUCCAGCAGCAAAAUGGUGACAUGUGCCCUUCGACCAUCGGUACUCAGCGUACCAGGAGGCUACCACUUCAAUUUGUGGGAUAUCACCCACGUUGACAAUGCCGCCGAUGCUCACGUCCUAGCCAUAGAGGAUCUGCUACCAUCCUGCACAGCUGCAGGCGAGGCCUUUUUCUUUCAGAAUAACGAGCCUAUUGUCUCUCGGGAUUUAUGCCUGGCAAUCUGGGCGCAUUUUGGCCACGUCCCGCCUUUUGAGAUGCGUAUCCCAGAGAGACUGGCUUACUUUUCCGGACUGGCGUGUGAGACGGUCACCUGGUUGAUGAGGACAACAACUUUGAGCCGGGGGAUUGUACAAGAUACAUGUGCCACUCGGUAUGCUAGUGGCAACAAAGCUAAGGAGAACCUGGGGUACGAGGCACGCAUUGGUAUCAAAGAAGCCAUCCGUUUGAGUUGCGAGAAUUAUACUUCUCAUCUCAGGGUAAAAUCACCUAUCCUCAAUGGUCGAAGCCGGCAAAAACAGUAA